UUUCCUUCCUUUAUUAGUAUCAACAUAGCAUAAAAGAAAAAACCAACAAUUAAUCCAAAAACUUCUAACCCUCUAAACCCUGAAUCUACAGCCCUACAGACAGGACCCUUACGUCCCUCUCUAAACUCCUAAAAAAUGUCAUCUUUAACUCGCGUCCUCCGCCGCACCUUCUCGACAACCCCAAUCCCAAAACCCUCCUCCGUUCGAAUGUUCGCCGCUGAUCUUUACAAAGAACGUAACCUCGAGCUUCUCGUCGAAAAAUUCAAAAAAUAUUGCGAACACGGCCGCUUCCGCAACCGAAACGGCAUCUAUGAAGACACGGUUCGCCGCCUUGCUUCAGCUGGACGCUUCCGCUGGAUCGAAGAAAUCCUCGAAGAUCAAAAGAAAUACAAAGACAUUUCCAAAGAAGGCUUUGCUGCUAGAUUAAUCCAUUUGUAUGGAAAAGCCGGUAUGUUUGCGCAAGCUUACAAGGUGUUUGAUGAAAUGCCGAAUAGAGGGUUGUUGUCUUUCAAUGCUCUUAUGGGAGCUUGUGUCAAUGCCAAAAAGUUUGAUAAGGUUACUGGAUUUUUCAAGGAGUUGCCCGAAAAGUUGUCAAUUGAGCCAGAUUUGGUUUCUUAUAAUACGGUUAUUAAGGCUUUUUGUGAGAUGGGUUCUUUAGAUUCAGCUAGUUUGAUGCUUGAUGAGAUGGAGAAGAAGGGCGUGCAGCCGGAUUUGAUUACUUUUAACACGCUUUUAGAUGGGUUUUUUAAGAAGGGAAGGUUUGUUGAUGGGGAGAAGAUAUGGAGUAAAAUGGUGGAUAAAAAUGUGGAGCCUGAUAUUAGGAGUUAUAAUACUAAGUUGCUUGGAUUGGUAACUGAAAAGAGAAUGGAAGAGGCAGUUAACUUGGUUGAAGAAAUGAGGAGUAAAGGAGGUAAACUUGAUGUGUUUACCUUCAAUUAUAUGAUUAGAGGGUUUGUUAACGAGGGAAAAUUGGAAGAAGUUAAAGAUUGGUAUAGUCAAAUAGGGAAAAAUGAUUGUGCACCGGAUAAGCUGACUUUUACAAUGCUAGUCCCUUUCCUUUGUGAGAAGGGUGAUUUGAGGUUUGCCAUUGAGGUGUGCAAGGAGAUUUUUGGUGGGAAGAAAUUGGUUGGUGCUGCGUUGUUGCAGCGUGUGGUGGACGAAUUGGUCAAAGCCUCCAAGAUUGAAGAUGCAAAGGAGAUUGUGGAGCUUGGGAAGUCGAAUACUUUCUGUCAUUAUAAGCUGAAUAUGCCUGCAGAGUAGUGCCAUCGUCUUAUUAAUGCUACUUUGUUUUCAUUUUAGAUAUUGAAUCUGAAUGAGUUUCUAAAAGCAAGGAGUUUUGUAUCACUUGCAAGGUUGGAUAACUGCUGUUGAUUUAGCGAGAACUACUUUCAUGUUAGUGGUGGAGAUAAUGUUCUAGCUGUUUACUUUAUGCUUUUUCAUUUAUCAUGUGCAUGUUACCUUUGGCAUUUUGUGUGAUGAAUUGAAUUUUGAAUCUGAAACUUUGAUAAUCAACUUUGUUAUGCAUUUGGUAUUUUAUAGUAGCUAUGUGUUGCUAUCAAAAUGAAUUGAAUGAUUUUGGCAUGUGUCAGUUCUAUCUGCUUUUCAUCUGUGCAAUCUCAACAUGAAAAAGGGAAAACUGGAAAAGCACACCAAUCCAUCCAUGUUUUGUGUUACUUGAACUUGAGUUAUACAAGGUUGGUUCUUCUCAAGUGCCUAUGAACUGAUGAGUUGAUGAAUGAUGGCAUUCCAUGCACGCAUGUGUAGUGUGAUAACCAGGCUUGAC